AUGGAGACGUUUACUAUACACGACAUGCUCAUAAAUUCAACCGAUCUGAACAAGAUUUUGUGCAGUUUUGGGAUCAAGAAUAUUUCGGAGUGCGAGAGCGAACAGGAUCCCUCACCUGAGCCCAAAGAUAUCAACCAGACAGUGCGGAUCGUCCUCUACAGCCUCAUCUUCCUCCUCAGCGUCCUGGGCAACAGCCUCAUCAUCGCCGUCCUGGUGAGGAACCGGCGCAUGAGGACGGUGACCAACCUGUUCCUGUUGUCUCUGGCCGUCAGCGACCUGAUGGUGUCCCUGGUCUGCAUCCCCUUCACCCUCAUCCCCAACCUCAUGCGGGACUUCAUCUUUGGCACCGGCAUAUGCAAGCUGGUCAUGUACUUCAUGGGUGUCUCAGUAAGUGUUUCCACCUUCAACCUGGUGGCCAUCUCCCUGGAGCGCUACAGUGCCAUUUGCAACCCGCUGACCUCCAGAACAUGGCAGACCAAAUCCCACGCUGCCAAGGUCAUCACUGCCACCUGGGUGGCUUCCUUCAUCCUGAUGCUGCCCUACCCCAUUUCUAGCACCCUCAAGCCUUUUACCCGCCUCAACAACAGCACUGGGCACAUGUGCCGCCUGGUGUGGCCCAACGAAAUCAUCCAGCAGUCCUGGUAUGUGUCUCUGUUGUUGCUGCUCUUCCUAAUCCCUGGGAUCGUCAUGAUGACAGCCUACGGUCUCAUCUCCGUGGAGCUCUACAGGGGCAUCAAGUUUGAGCUGUCCAACAGGAAGUCCAGUAGAGACAGACAAUGCAGCACAGGCAGCAUCAAGCCCGGUGACAGUGAUGGCUGUUACAUGCAGCCGUCUAAGAAGAAGAGCAUCACAGCCAGUAUGGGCAACUUUGCCAACUCCAGCAGCAAGCCCAUGGCGGGCCGUGUGUGCGGCAGCAGCUCUACAGCCAACCUGAUGGCCAAGAAGCGCGUGAUCCGCAUGCUCCUGGUCAUCGUCUUCCUCUUCUUCCUCUGCUGGACUCCUGUCUUUGUGGUCAACGCGUGGCAGGCUUUUGACCGGCGUUCAGCCUACCGCCUGACCGGCGCGCCCAUCUCCUUCAUCCACCUGCUGUCUUACACCUCGGCCUGCGUCAACCCCAUCAUUUACUGUUUCAUGAACAAGCGUUUCCGCCAGGGAAUGCUGGCCACCUUCAGCUGCUUCAGGAGGAGCGGAGGGGGGAGCAGCGGCUUAGGGAGGUCAGCUGGAAGCGGAACGGCUAAAGGGGAAGUGGGCAGAUCAAGAGCGUGGCCAAAGAACACUGAGCAAAAUGGUCACACCCCGCCAAGCGGAGCCAGCACACGCUUCACCUACAGCGGCAUCCGUGCGUCGGCCUGGAGUGAUCUGACUUAAACUGGACUAAUAUGUGUGUAAGAACUGUGCUGAGUGCAAACACUUGUAGGGAACCUGUGGUGUGUUUUUUUAACGUAAAGCCCUCACAGUGCUUGUAGGACGAGGUUGCGAGCAGUUAUGUUGCUUUAGCUUGUGUGACAUGAAGUGGGCACAACAGCUCAUGACGGUGGAGCAGGAGUGGUGCACAUUCAGUGCUCUCAGUGCAGAUCAACAUGGCCAGAUGUUUCCUUAAAGCUUGCAGUGUCCAGGCUGGCUGAUAAAAAGCCCCGAGGGGCCACAAGUCUGACAUGGAGGGGGAGUGUUUAAACCUUUCAGGGUUUAAACAGUCUCUACACGCUUUCUAUUUUAUUGCUUUGAGCUGUGAGCAGGUAAAAAUAAAAUCACAAUCAGUGCCAGAAGGUUUUAAAAAAACAAAAAAAGAAAGAAAGAAAGGGAAAAAAAACGGUUCACAACAAAGUUUGUAACUGGUUGUUUCUGGUCGGACACAUUGCCUUUAUCUCAAAAGGCGUUUUUUAACAGUUUGGAUUUCAGUUGAACUGACACUUUGAAGACUGGGACGACCUUAAGAGUGAUUUAGGUCGAUUCCGUGGUCAAGACUGAACUUUGAAUCUCAACCAUACCAGUGUUUUUUCAAGUUCAGCUCUUUAACUCAUAUGGGAAAUUACUCCUGACAAUAUUUAAAAUUUUAGUUUACAUUCACAUUCAGUCACCAGUCAGUCACCAAAACACAUUGUUUUUAUCCUUGAGGUCUUGACAAACAUGCUGAAAGUAUUUUCUACCACAUUAAACAUUCACAAAGCCAAUAUUUUGAAACCUGCAUUGUUUACAUCCAUGUUUACCAGCUAGCAAUCUCUCCACUCUUUCUCGCAUAGUUGGCACGUUAUUGCCACCAGCCACAGAUCAAGUGGACUUCCGUGAAAACACUGGCAUGAAACAUUGCUCCAAAAACUCCACAGGACACAUUGGACCUAUUCCUUUAACACUCACUGUGAUGGAUUACACAACUCAAAUGUUUGACUUUCUGUAUGGAAACUAAAAUUUGGGGGAAAAAAAUCUGAACACAAAGUAGGAUUUAUAGGAAACUGGCUACAAUAUUAAAAAAAAAAAAACACUGGUAUGAUCCUUUAACUUCUCCUGGAUGCCAGUGGCUGAGAAUUAUACUCGAAGGCCUGAGUCUAAACAGGCUUUCAUUUGUCAUUUGCAGCAGCAGCUGCCUGUCUCGCUGCAAUGUAACUGUACUCAGUAGCUCCAAAACAGUCCCUCAGUGCACAAACAGUCCUGUCUCAUCCUUGACCCAGUGUUUGUGUGUGUGUGUGUGUGCUGUGGGAACUGGAGAGGCCUUAUCAUUUUGUGGGACCUUAAACACCUGCACCCCACACACACACACACACACACACAGACACACACUUAAAAGAGUGAAUUCCCAGCAUUACCCACCUGAUUUCCACUGAUUCAUACUGUUAAAUAUAGCAGCAUUGAUGUAGCAACUUACUCCCAUUUUGUUCCUUGUUAUCAAUAUGUUGUGAUGUUAAAAUGCCCUAAACAUUGAUCUGUAAAUUCUUACUUUGGUCUGAUGCGUUGAUGGAAAACAUUGGAUUUUGAAGUAUGAUGUUUUGUUGCAUGAUAAUGUGCCUAUUUUGACUAAAGUCCUGUUAAACCUGUGGGCACAUGACUGAAUGUAAAAACAUAAUCCCGGUGAUUUUACUGCUUUGUUAUGUACGUCUAAAAGCGGCUCUGGGAAUGGUUUUGUGUUUGCGUACACACCUACGGCACAUCUACGAAUAACCGAUGUCUGGUUGACCAUAUAAAGACCUUGAAUGCCCACUGUGCAACCGCGUCUGCAAAGACUUGGGGCUGAGCAACUUGGAGCUUUUAACGGCUUUAAUGAAAGUGGAUCUAAGGGACAGAGGGCAUUAGGGCCCAGACAAGUGGCGGAAAGAGAAAGAGGGGAAUCUGCUGGGACUUCAUCCCAGGGAUAAGAGCUCCAUUUGGGCUUGGUAGAUGCCCAACGCCCCACCCCCCUUCACCCUGCAGCCACUGGGAGAUGUUUACCUGCCACUGGAGGGGUGAAGGAUGAAAAUGGCUUGAGAAAACGUUUAUGCUUUACACAAAAGGGACACAAAUCUGUGUUAUUCAUUUGUACUCUUUCAGCUUAAACCAGAAUUAUUUGUUAAAGUGUAAAAAAAAAAAAAAAAAGUACCUGCUUAAGCUUCUGAUGACAAUUAAAA